CUUGACCUUUCCUCGCGGGAGCUAAACGCCUCAUUUCCCUGUCUCUUUUUCCCAUUUCCUUGGUUCUGUCAUAGACCGUCGGUGGAGCUGGCCUCUGCUCAUAAUCCUUCCGUAAUUCCUGCCUGAUCGUCCAGUUGCUCCGGUAGCGACGCCCCAAAAAAAAGUCUUUCCCCAAUGUAUUCCAGACACACCACCCCCCCUCAGGCUAUGGCCCAGUUCUAUCCGGAGAGCGUGAGCAGCCAAGCUUCCAACGCCUCUUACACCAUGUCUCCCGAAGCUUCGCCCGACACCACCAUCACCACCCCCGCAAGGUCCCCCAUCCGCCAACUAGGCCCUGUUCUUCUCCCCAAGAUCAGGUCCCAGGACCAGACCACCGAGCCCACCAACGGCCCCGUCAAUGGCCCGACCAGUGGCCCGAUCCGCGGCCCCGUCAGACACCGCAGGACGGUCUCUGCCGCCUCUGGUUUCUCGGCUGGCAACUACAGCCCCUACAUGCGCCCUGGCAUGAGCCGUCGUUCCACUAGCCCCAUUGACAGCAACGGCUCCGUGUACACGCCCGCUUCCAGGCUUUCUCCCUUUGAUGCCGGCAUGCACUCUGGCUACAACUCGCCCAACCCCUACUCGGAAGCUCCCUGCCGUCCCUCUCUUCACUCGAGGUCCCGCUCGACUUCUGCUGUCAACGCCCACUCCCGCUCUACCUCUGUCUCGAGCAUCGACUCGUCGGUCAUCAACCGCUAUGGCUACCCCACCUACCGUGCCAUGCCCAACUACAUGACGGCUCACUCUACUGCGGCUUCGAUGGCCCUGAACAUGGUCACUGCCAUGCCUACCUGCAACGAGUACACCAACGACUUCCAGGUCCCUGACAUGUUCGAGCCCCUGCAUGCCGCUGCCCCUGCGGUUCAGUACCCCAUGGCUGCCGACUUCCAGUUUGGCUGCGACAGCUUCGGCCAGCCUGCCACCACGACCAUCAUGGACUACCUGACCGCCCCCAACCCUCAGCCUGCCCUUGUUCAGCGCAUCACCACUGCUGGCCGCAGCCUGAACCAGACGCACUACUGGUGGGACAUUCGCAACCUCCGCAGCUGGGCCGACUUCAACGUUGAGACCAUCAGCUCCAUCCCUGGUCUGAUGCCUCUGCUCCAGAUCCCCGUUGCCGAGGCUGCUCUGCCCACCCCGGCUCGCCCCAACCUCGCUCCCGACUGCGAGGCUGCUCUUCACGAUGUCUACCGCGACUACCACGCGACCAAGGUCAACGCUGCUCUCUCUGUCGCUCAGGGUACUUCUCACAUCUCUAUCCGCUCUCGCAAGAACAUGCCCACCGCCCAGACUCCGGUCGACUUUGUCUCCAACUACGCGACCGACUACGAGAAAACCAUCUACGGUGAUGGCCGUGGUCGCGUUGUCGGCAUUGUCAAGGCCUAUGACCAGUGGAACACGGGCAUGCGUUCCGAGACCCCCAACAAGCAGGUCUACUACCUGGCUGGUCUGGCUCACCUCCACCGCGUCAUGCGCGAGCACGGCUGCCGCUAUGGUUUCAUCAUGACUGAGAUCGAGAUGCUGUGCGUGCGCUGCGGUGGUGACCCCGCCACGGCGACGCAGGUUGACACGGCGACCGUUAACGCCGAUGCCGGCUCCGGUGUUCCGCUCUUCGGACACCUUGAGCUGUCGGCGCCGAUCUCCGUCUCGGCCUUCGGUACCAAGACCGAUCCCGUCACCGGUGAGCAGAUGCCCCAGAUGACCGUUGGUCUUGCUCUCUGGUACCUGCACAUGCUGGCCAAGGAGGACCCCCUGCCCGGCACCCAGGGCACUUGGCGCAUGGAGGUCGGUGGCCCCGCCGCCCUGACGAGGCAGCACUGCCAGGAGAAGGACGCGUGGAUCCCCAAGCCCAACCUCAGCGAGAAGAGGGAGGCGAAGCGUGUCCGCGGUUGGGUCUUCCCCGAGGAGCCGCUUAGCCGCAAGGAGUGCGGCAAAGGCAAGAGGAGCAAGAAAUAGAUGAUGAGGUGGAUUUGCAAUGGUUUUUUUACGUCUUGAUGAUUUUUUACGGAAACGAUGAGGGAACGGUCAUGAAGGAUGAUGGGAUACGGAUGGACGAGGACUGGAACGAAGGAACUGAUUUGCGAAGUGCUCGCUGCAGGUCCAGUGGAGUACUCGGAUUUUUCUUUUUUUUCUCACUGCAUGCAUCUGUGUGGGUGUUGAUGAUUAGCAUUUUCUGGUGUUGGAUCGCAACAUAGCGACGGAGGCACUCUGUGCUUUGAAUAUGAACAUAUAUAUAUAUAUCGAAAAACACGCAUUGUAUAUCUGCAAAGACCCC